AUGACCGACGAAAUUGACUACACCUUUAUCAACCCUGAUAAGAAAUGGCAAAUGCUUCGCGCGCAGUGGCGGUUUGCUCUUUGGGCAAUCUGGAUAUCUAGUGGUGUUAUGAUGCAAGGUUUCGACAUCGUUGCGGGAGGUCAAUUGGCGGCGUUGCCCGAAUUCAAAAAGCAAUUUGGCAUCCUUCAACCGUCCGGAGACUAUCUCAUCCCGGCCUAUUACAUCUCGGCUUGGAGCUCGAUUGCCCCAGCAUGUGAGAUUGUAGCUACCUUUCUUUUUGUUCCCUUACUGGAGAAGUUUGGCCGCAAGCCGGGGAUUCUGGUGGCAGCCUUUAUAUCUGUUGCUGGUGUCCUCUUGCAACAGUUGGCCACAGACUGGAGAACGCACCUUGCCGGCAGAGGUGUCAAUGGAAUUGCUAUUGGUAUCAUUGUUGUUUUUUCAAAGGGAGGAAGUAGUAUCGAUGGAAAAUGGCAGUGGUGGCUCCCAGUGGUGGCCAUGUACAUCUUCCCAUUCAUUCUCACCGCGGGGUGGUUUUUCUUCCCUGAGUCUCCAUACUGGCUAGUCAGGCGCGGAAGAAUAACCCAAGCAAAAAACGAACUAAGGAAAGUCUACGGCUUCAGCGAUAAUUCUUUCUAUAACAUUGAAAUCCAAAGAAUGGAAGAAGAAAUCCGCCUUACAACUGAGAUUCAAAGGACCUCAGACACAGCUAACCACAAACUCUUUGGGGUCGAUAUGUCCGCAGAGGUCGAGUGCUUCCAAAGCAAAAACCGCAAACGAACCUUCACUGCUAUAUUUGCUGCCAGCGCUCAGCAAAUGAUUGGCGCUACAUUUGUAAUCGGCUACACGACCUAUUUCCUUGAAUUGAUCCACGUGAAAUCUUAUUUCGAUGCAUCUGUGGUUCUUUACAUUGUCAUGUUUCUGUCCAGUGUGGCAGCCUUCCCCCUGACAGAGAUUGUAGGACGUCGAACCCUAAUCGUCUGGCCACAAUUUGCACUGUGCUUUAUGCUCCUGGUUAUAGGGGUUCUAGGAUGUGUCCCAGAUCAAGCCAAAGCCAGUUGGGGAAUUAUAGUUUUCAUCUACGUGUGGGCAAUCAUUUUUCAGCUCUCCAUCGGGGCAACAGGUUUUGUUUUGGCGUCAGAAAUUGCUACCAUGCGUCUUCGUGGUGCAACCCAAGGACUUGUCACCAUUUCCAACGCGGUCUGGGGGCUAAUCAUGCAAUUUACCAUCCCUUACAUGAUCAACCCCGAUGCAGGAAACUUGGGUGGUAAGGUCGGUUUCAUUUUUCUGGGGACGGGGCUUAUUGCGGCGAUUGGAGGGUGGUUCUUAUUCCCAGAAACAAAGGGAAUAUCGUUCCAGAAGCUUGACGAACUAUAUGCACUGCAAGUGGCGCCCAGGCAUUUUAAACAAAUGGGAAAUGAUCUAGGCUUGGUUGAGGAGUCAGGCCUAGCUGGGGAGAACCAGAAAGGCGAGAGCUUACAUGUGGAAUAG